AUGUCUGGAUCAAAUCCUUUCCGCCCUAAGAAGUCAGAGGGUGAGUUGGACCUGUCAUUGCCGGUUUCCUCGAGUAUCGACUCUUUGGCCGUUGCAAGGCUGACCAUCGUAGAUCCCGCAGGGCACCCUUCAUCAUCAUCUCAUUCGACCGCUGGGAGUUCGUACUUUUCCGUACCUCCUGUGUAUACUGUCCCCGAUCCUUCCUUCAAUCCGAACGGCAUUCCCGACCUCCCUUCUUCCAACCCCACGCCGAGCCACGACGAUUCAUUGUCCUCGGACGAUCAGUCCCUCUCCGACCCCUUCCAACACUCGGACCUGAGUGACGAUGAUGGACCACGACGAAGACCAGCGUCGAUUCCUACGUCAAACCCUACAAACGUCCCUCGAGAGCCCCUCGACGAAGAUUUCCGCCGAGCCCGGCAGCCCGGUCUUCCCUCCACCCCUCCUAUUUCCGCAACAGCCUUCGAGUCAUCUGCUGGGCCACCGGCGAGGACGCGAACCCACGACCAGUUUCCGGGACAGGAAAACGCGAGACCGCUUGGCGGGAACGCGCCCGUGGCCAGCUCGAAUGCAUCUAUCCGGUCAUUGACCCCUCAUGGCGGGACCCGUACUACUAACAGUAGCGUCACGGACGUAUCCCAAACGCCGGCGCAUCCGGGCAUUGCAAACCUCCCAGGGGUCGGGCGAGAUUCCAAACAUCUUGCUAGCCGUCCAAGUAACCGGGACAGGGUCCCUCCGCCUCCACCGAAAAGUCACCAUGGGAAAUUGAUCAGUCCCACCUCUAGCACGGCGUCUUCUCUAGCUCAACCUGCACCGGCCAGGCCGACCAACCGCUAUUCCUUCCAUGGCUCCCCCUCGGAGGCCUCACUUUCGCCUCGACUCUCUCAAUCCCAGGGCGACUAUUUUGCUGGCCUGGGAGAGAGGCAAGCAUCGGAGAGACCACCAGAAACUUUGCGACGGAGUCAAUCCCAACACAAACGACCCCCAACGCCACCGCUCGCGCGGCGACACAGCCAGAUGAGGCGAUCGAAAACGACGCAUUCCAAAGCCAAUACGUCCCGGUUAUCGAUGCCGCCUAUCAAAGUGGAUGUCACCGCCGAAUCACCUCCUCCGAGCCCGGGCUCUUGGUCGUUAAACCCGUCUCGAACUCGGGAUGCGCGGGUCGACACCUCGUCCUCUGACGAGAACUCUUCACAGCCCCCUCCUCUUUCCAUCCAAACUUCGGUGCCGAAAUCGUCGACAUCGGUGGUAGACACCUCGGCCUCUACGUCGCCUUCCAACUCUAAGGCGACGGCAAAUAAAAGGGCAUCGCAACAGAACCCUCUGCCCCCUCCUCCACCUCCGCGACGCACACGGGGAUCUAGUAAUCACAGCAGCGACGACACUCGUUCUGUAAGUCUUCGCUCGGAGAAGCCGGCGGAUGAGAAGCCUGCGUUUACACCGGAGCCGUCUAAUGCACGCGACAUCCUGGCCGACUUGACCCGCCUGCAGAAAGAGGUGGACGACCUUCGCGGCCACUAUGAAAGCCGCAAGGCCAGCCACUAA